AUGGCUGCGGAGUCCGAGAGGCCGCCUUACCUUAAUGGUGCCUCUGGGCCCGAAGGAGCCAAGGAGUCAGAGGCGGCAUCAGACACGGCGCAUCCGGUGGCUAACGGCAACAACGACAUGAUCGAAGUGUCCCGUCCGACCAUUCAACCUCAGGGACAGGCCAUGUCCCAAGUACCCAAACUGCUUCCUAAUCUCUCCACCUAUUCCGCCCCGGCGUCUGCUUGCAACUCCGCUGUCUCCUCCCGCGAAGCCUCCCCGGUUCGAAUCUCCUCGCGUACUGGCAAUUCUCCCUCCACCAGUCGAGUAUCUUCACAGACUCGAAAAGGCAGUCAGGACCGUGUCAGUCCAACUCGAGCCCCCAGCAACGGUCCUCCCUCUGUCCGGACACAACAAUCCUCGGCUGGUCCACGAUCGUCGCCGGCACCUCCCACGAACCCUCCCCCAUUCCUCUCUCCUCCUGCCGCCAUCGAACCGUCGGCCAAUGUCCCCAGUCCGGAAAAGCACAAUAUGCCAUCAUGGGCGGGGAAUCGACGUACCGAUCAAGAAUCGACUGCCCCGAAUACUUCACAGAAGAGAACUUCCCCCUCGUCGUCCGAAGAACAUGGAAAGGUCGACCGACCCACUCCGAGGGCAGCCACGAGGGGCAUCGGUGGACAAGGUCUCUCCUUGGAGACGGUUCAGGAGACGGCCAGCAACCCAUCCACUCCGUCUAGUGACUCUGCCCUCAAGCCGACAACCCCGGACGAUGCCCGGUUACACACGAUUGACGAAGAUCCGACUCCGCGAGCCUCUAGGCAGAAUGCGGAGAGCGGCAGUGACAGUGGCGGCAACCCAAGUUCGAAGGAGGACAGUCGCUCUCAUACCACAAGUGCAGCUAGAAUGCCCGGAACUAUCAUGCCGCAGCGGUCGUCUACUUCACUCAGCGCCGGUGCACGGGCGAAGCCUACGGACGGCUCGGUCCGCAAUAUGAUCGUGGAAACGGAAACUGUUAGCUCAAUACCACAGGUGUCGUUGGGCGUUCCCACUGGUGAGCGAGGCAACACGAGCCGAGCCGAGCAAGGUACUCUACGCAUGAAACCUUCCACGGAGACGAUCCGACCCCGCAAAGAGAAGAAGAAGAACCGACGUGCCAAUCAUCUCACUACUGGCCCCGGGACUAGCAAGGCGGAUAUCUUCGAGGCCAAAGUGGCCAGCGCCGUGGACGAAGCUGACGUGUCCGACUCCGACGAGACCUUCGUCUACGAAUCCAACCCUCCAGAUCCAUAUCCGCCUCGCCAAUCACGUUAUCACUCUCGAACGCCUAGCGCAACGUCCAUGGCAAGUCAAGUAGACCAGCUGGCUGGUCGUGCCCGUGGGGCCAUGCGAGAUGGCUCACACAGCGUUACUGGCAAACGCAGCAUGAAAUUUACCAACAAUACGUACAAUGGCAGCCUGGAUGGUGAAACUCAGGAUGCUGAUGGAAGCCGGAACGCCGGUCGGGUUGAAGGGAGUGGUACUAUAACUCCCCGUCACCAUCACGUUGGGCGGCACGGACGCAACGGGGCAUACCCAUCGCUCUUUGACAGUGAUGGGCCAUUCCCUCAGCCCCAAUCUCAAUUGAAGUCGCCGCGACACUUUAUCGGCAGUGGAUAUCGCCAUUCGCGAAACAGCAAUACUCGUUCCUCGCCUAAUUAUAAAACCAUUGCCAACAAAAAGGCGGGUGAUGUAUACGAUUUUGACGCCGAGGGAGCCGACGACGAGCGAACGCCAUUGGUAGGCACGUCACGGGCUACGCGUAGCCGCCAUGGGCGCCGACCCAACAGUGCUAGUCUGCGGCAGAUGGAGUAUAUGGCUCAACGGCAACGGGGUUGCUUCUCCGAAUAUGGCUCUUGUGCCAUCAUUCUUUUGCUCUUGCUCAUCAUCGUUGGUGGUGCCGCCUCGUUCAUCACUGCUGCGACCAAAACACUCUUGGAUGUGCAGGUUGUUGCUAUACAAAAUGUUCUGGCCUCUGAACAGGAGAUCAUGCUAGAUCUCCAGGUCGAGGCAAUGAACCCGAACAUUUUCCCGGUGACGAUCGAUGACGCCGAUGUGAAUAUCUUUGCCAAGAGCCGAUACGUCGGGACAGAAAAUUCCUGGAAAGAGCAAUCUUCCGGUGAAGAGAUCUACCAAACCCCGCGAGUCGAACAGAGUCGACGACGUUGGUACUUGUCUCAGCUUGUACGGUGCCUGGGAAACACGGAAUGCAUUGAGCAAGCCAUGAACGGCCACUCCAAGGGCCACAGUGAUAGCGGUGGUGUCGACAAGGGCACCGAUCCCAUUAGUGAUCCCGAGGGUGACCCACAAACCAUGCUCUUGGGCCGCGUCUUCGGCUUCGAUUCACCUCUCUCGUUCGAGGCAUCUCCCUGGGGUCAUUUGGUGUCUACCUCAAAGGGUCAGAUUCGGCUUACUCGGCCGGGAAACAAGACUGAAUCAGGUGGCACGGAGCGCUGGGAGCGUGUCCUCCAGCAUCCUUUCGACCUGAUUGUCCGCGGUGUGGUUAAAUACCAGCUCCCACUCAGUGCGCGUUUCCAUUCAGCUUUAAUCAGUUCUACUGUGCGGUUUAUCCCCGACGACGACGCCCACGAUCCUGAUAGUCCAGGCUCCACUACGCCCCCUAGCAACGAAACGGCAACUCACAGCUCCCUCGCUAUGGGAGCAACUACUCCCUCCUCCGUCCGCCUUAUCGCGGAUCCCGAUGCCCAGUCUGAGCAUCGACUGGGACUUUCUCAACGACAGUUUACGGCAUAA